CAACAGAGUGAAACUCCCACAAGCUUUGUCACUUGCGACAGCCUUAGAGAUCCUAUUUGUAUUAUUUUUAUACCAUUAGUUUAAUACACAUCAGUGUUUAAAAUUUAUAUUUUUUUACUGGAAGCAUAAAUGAUCUCAUCUUCAGAUGUAUCUAUGGAAAGGCACUGAGUCUGGCUAUAAAACUGCUCCUGACUGUAAGUCCAAUGUAUAGAACUUUGCUGCUAAAUAUUGUUCAUCACCAGCCCUGGGAUUUCUGUUCAAAAUGAAUGACUAUUUGAGAUGCCCAAGCUGCAACAUGACUUUUAAGUCAUCUUUCUUACUGGAAAAACAUAGAGAAAAGUUCUGUAUUGGCGGAGACAUUGGACGGGCAAGGCAAACACAGACACCAGAGGAAAUGGUUAACAGGUUUUAUUCAAGAAGAAAACCUGUAGAACAACUGAGGACUCAUAAAAUGAAUGAAACAUUGGAAGAGAAGACAAUGAAAGUCACUGAAAAUCCCACAGAGGAACCCAGCAGGACCAAAGAGCAUGAAGCACAACUGCGUUAUCUUUCAGAAGCUCACAGGCAUCAAAUAAAUGAAAUUAUGACUCAAAAUAAUAUUCUAGAAAAACAACGCGAUGAUAUCGUGCAGAGACUGAAUGAAAUAACAGCUCAGAGCAAAAAUACAAGCUACCUUGACAAAAUGUUAAAGCAUUUAACUGCUCAAGAACAAAAGAAUGAACUUCUCUUAGCAGCCAUGAAACAACAAAUUGACAUGCUGCAAAUGGAGUCCAUGAAGAGAAGAAAUAAGAGCAGACAAAGUGAAACACCAUCCUCUCGAAAAGCAGAAAAAGCACAGCCAUCUUUUCAUCCAACCUACAUCCCCCUUUAUGGAAAUGGCAGCCUAUGCACAGAAAUCAGUGCUUUACGACUGACUUACAUACAGAGUGGGGGAAAUGAUCAACUGAUUUUGGCUCACCUGCAGGACCUAUUAACUGAAGCACAAGUGUUGGAGCAGAAAGAAAAACGCCUACGAACUGUCAGAAAGAGAAACAAAAAAGGCUAUGGGAAUCCAAACCUGCACCUGAAUGAUAAGCUAAUUAAUCUGGAAAUGGAAAAUCAACAACUGGAAGAUCACAUUUUCAAACUUCAGCUUCAAAGGCAAAGGAAUAUACGACUUCCCAAGACAUCAGUUAGAGAAGUGGAGAAAAGCUCACAGUUCCCAUGGUUCGUGAAAGAGCAUACGCACAAAAACCUAAAGGCCCUAAAUGCAGAAAUGGAAGUUCUAAAACAAGAUUUAGAAAUACAGAGACUAAAAAAGCGAAUAAAGACAGCUGGAAUGCAGCGUGCCAAUCGUCUAAUAUCUGCAUUCCCCCAUAUGGAAGGACAAAAGCCAGUGACAUUAAAUUAUGUGAAAAAUGCAUUAGACUAUGACAAUGAGUUGGAGCCUGCUCCCUACGAUCCGAUUUCUGGCUUUGUUGUAUUUUAUGACUUUCUCCUUGGGCUUGAUCCAUCUUACCGGGUAUGCCGAUUAGCGGUGAGCCUUUGUAGUGGUGGACUGGAGGUUGGAAGUUCUUCAUCCCUACCCCCUGUCUAUUGUGGAGCUGCUCUGUCCACAUUCCAUGACAACAAAAGGCAGAACACAGCUGUUUUAGCCACAAAACAGGCUGUGCCCCGGCUGAGACCCUCACCAACUACUUCACUGAUAAUGGAGCUUCAGGCAUCUGGAGGAUAUGAUCCCUAUGGCCAUGAAGUGAGCCAAUUAAUCCCCAGAGGAUGGGUUAAAAUUGAUAUUUUUGAUCAACAAAACAGAGUGAUAAGUGGUCAAUGGAAAGUUCCAAUUCGCAUCCUUCCAGUCAAACCUUCCCUGACAACAGGAGCGCUAAAUGCUGUACCACAGUUAGAAUAUGCUGAACUGUAUAUCCGCCUUGUCAAUGCAAGAGACGCUGACACACAAAGUGCAUUGCCUAUUGACAUCAAGAAUGCCAUGAUCUACAAGUACCCGCCUUUGACUGCAGCAUAUAAUUUUCCAGAAGACACCAUGUUUCCAUCUACAUAUUACCCAUCAUACUUUUUGCCAAAUAUGCAACAUACACAUGGAGAUGAGGAUUCCCCACCUUCAAGACGAAGAAUCAUGACACAAUAGUAUUUUGUAAAAAAAAAAAAUGAACCAAAAAAGACUUCCAAAACCAAUUGUGAUUUUUUUUGUUCACAAUAAAUGUUUACAUUUUAUUGAAGUGAUUAAUAUUAGGUUGAGCUGGUCCUUUUAUCAUGAAAAUGUAUACAAGGGGGGAUCUUAGAUUGAUGUUCAAUACAUAUUAAAGCAGAAGGAAAGCUACUGAUGCAGUUUCUUCCAAAUAGAUUAGUCACAACAGGGCAAGCUAGAACACUAUUUAUUCUAUAGAAUGCUUUACCAUACCUGAGUAAACAGCACUAAAAGCUCUCUGUGUUUGUUUAAGAAAGCAGCUGCCAUAUUGCUUGGUCUAAUGUAACUUCCAUAUCCUUCUGCAUGUGUCUCUAGCUGGCUCCUAGCUCUUAGUUCAGAUUACAGCAGGGAGAGAAGGAGGGAGAUGGAGGGGGAGAGGGAGAGAGGAGCAAGCUGAGCAGACUCACAUCUGUGCCCUGUAGGUUUGAGCUGAGGGAAGGAAAUCUGAUACCGAAGCCCAUGUGUAAACAAUAGAAGCAAAGGAAUGCUGGGUUUCUUUGCAAAGAGGACUCAGAGCAGCAUUUUAUCUGACAUUGGUCAAAAAAACAUGAAAUUUAUCCAUUGUCCAAUUGUUUGCAGGGCCAAGCAGGCAGCUACCCACAGUUUUCCUUCUUCAGCUAGAUGAUUUCGCUUGAAAUGGUCAUUGCAUACUUUUAAACUUUUUGUUUCAAGAUGAGCUUGGUUGUACAAUAAUGAAAAGAUCUUUUAAAAAUCUAUACAAGUAUGGCUACCUUAAAGGUGCCCAUAAACUCACCGAUUUUAUCAUAUGAUAAUCGGUAAGUGUAUGGUGGGAGACAAGGUGCUAUUGGCAAAGGCCUUGGAUAUCGGCUGUCUUGCUGAUCAGGCAGUUUAGAAAAUUUUGAUUGGGUGUCUUUGAAGGCGCAUUGGCCAGCAUUCUUCCAUGUUUCUCCAGUUCAGGCUAGCAGAAAGUGCAUCACGCAUUAAAGAGAAGGUUUUACAUACUGUAUAUGGUCGUUGCUCCUGAUUCUUAUAUUUAAGCAAAAGUGGACCUGCAAUAUUAUUAUGGGCAUGAAAACAGUAGAUCUGGUUAAAUGUUGAUACGUAUAUUACUAUAUUAUGUACAUUUGUGUUACUUUUAUCCCAUAGCCUUUGGUGCUGGAUGGGAGAUCAACAAUUUUUCCCUGUGCAAAAUCAUUACACUUAUUCAGUGGCCUGUUUUGUAGCAAAUACAGAUUUUUUUUGCCUGGCGUACAUAUUUAAACCCAUUAAUUGGUAGAUCAUAGAAAUAUAUUUACUUUCUAUUUGUAUUUGACAUUAUACACUGCAUUGCUGGUAAAAAAAAAACACGGCAAAUUGGGUCUGAAAAUUGCACUUUGCACUUUGUAAGUAACUGACCCUUCUAACCUUAAAACUGUCUGCAUUUGCCAAAACAGAGAACUGCAGGGUAUGCAACAAAUGAAACAACUCAGCGGUUUUCAUAGUAUAUUGGAAAAGGUGUAUCUUUUAUGUAGGAAGUGCAUU